GAUUUCGGCACGCGUGCGUGUAGUCCGCAUAAUAAGAAAUAAUUAAAUGCGAGCAGUCCGCAUUGCGGACCAGAUCCGCACGCGUGGCGAAAUCCGCAACACAGGAAAAAGGCACAAAAGCUGGGAAUGGCUUUUGCGUUCACCAGUUCGCGCCACCAGCGAGUGAGGCGACCUUAUUCUAUGGUGGAACCGGAACCUAGUGAGUGCUAUUGCGAUCCAAAUCCGAAAUCGCAUCACAGCCGCUCCCGCUCCCGCCGCCGCUCCCGCUCCCGCACUCGCUCGCGAUCGCGCCGCCGCUCGCGCAGCAAGUCGCAGGCCGCGCCCGCAGCCGCGCCGGAACCCGCCACCCCUAUGGUGCCCCGCGCGCGGUCGAAAAGCUGGUCCUUGCCCCGGGAGGCCGGCAACGGCAAGUCUUGGUCGAAGAGCCCCAAGAGCCCUAAAAACGACUAAUAAAUGAUUGUUGUUGAAAACUUGUCUUAUUUCUUUCUUAUAGCCCAGAGGUAUCAGUGCUUUUAAAACCUCACGCGCCGGAGCCCGCCACCACUAUGGUGCCCCGCGCGCGGUCGAAAAGCUGGUCCUUGCCCCGGGAGGCCGGCAACGGCAAGUCUUGGUCGAAGAGCCCCAAGAGCCCUAAAAACGACUAAUAAAUGAUUGUUGUUGAAAA